AUGCCGCGCACGAGAAUAGAGGCAUUGCUGGCCUCGUUCCCUAAGCUGGCAGAUUCGGGCACACAGCACACGAUCGUUGAGCAGGAUAAUGUCCGAUUUGUUUAUCAGCCUCUCGACGAGCUGUACAUCUUCCUCAUCACAAAUCGCCAGUCCAACAUCCUUCAGGACAUCGACAGUCUACAUAUAUUUGCCCAGGUCGUGUCUAGCAUUUGCAAAAGCUUGGAUGAGAGGGAGAUCGUCCGCAGCGCGUUUGAGCUUCUGAGUGCGUUUGACGAAAUUGUUACUCUGGGAUACCGAGAGAACCUGUCUUUGUCACAGAUUAAAACUUUCCUCGAGAUGGAGAGUCACGAGGAACGAGUCCAGGAAAUAAUUGACAGGAACAAAGAAUUGGAGGCAACUGAGGAACGAAAACGCAAGGCGAAACAACUCGAGAUGCAGCGCAAGGAAGCCGCCCGAAGCGGGAGAGCUAUGGCUCCGCGAACUCCAUCCUACCCUACAUACACCCCGCCUGUCCGAUCGAGCGUUCCGGAUGCAAUGGACUCAUACGAAGCCGAGAAAAAGAAGACUUUCUCCAAGUACAACCUCCCUUCCGCCUUGUAA